AUGUACCAUUGCUUCUUUAUCCAUUCAUCUGUUGAUGGACAUCUAGGUUGUUUCCAUGUUCUAGCUAUUGUAAAUAGUGCUGUAGUGAACAUUGGGAUACAUGUGUCUUUUUCGAUUUUGGUUUCCUCAGGUUAUAUGCCUCAGAGUGGGAUUGCUGGGUCAUAUAGUGGUUUUAUUCCUGACUUUUUAAGGAAUCUCCAUACUGUCUUCCAUAGUGGCUGUAUCAAUUUACAUUCCUACCAGCAAUGCAAGAGUGUUCCCUUUUCUCCACACCCUCUCCAGCAUUUAUUGUUUGUAGACUUUUUGAUGGUGGCCAUUCUGACUGAUGUGAGGUGGUAUCUCACUGUAGUUUUGAUUUGCAGUUCUCUAAUAAUGAGUGAUGUUGAGCAUCUUUUCAUGUGCUUGUUAGCCAUCUGUAUGUCUUCUUAG